AUGAGCGCCUUCUCCGACAUCUUCAAGAAGGCCCAGGACGCCAUCAGCAAUUUGAGGGGAGGCGGCAACAUCUUCUUGGGACGUGAUGGCGACAUUGUCUACAGCAAGAACAACGUCUGUGUGCACGAUAUUCUUGGGGAGGAGGAGGUGAAACCUGGGGAAGAAAACAUCAUCCACACCCCCGGCUACCUCUCCGUGCAAUGCCAAUCGGAUGAGACGAUCGGGGUGACGCUGGUCUUGCAGUGGCUACCAAACACAACGUUGCAGAAGAAUCCGGCAAGCAUCCGCAGCGUCUCCCCAAGAAACAACGACGGCAAGAAGCGCAGCAACGAUGUUUUUUCGCCGGUACACGUCUCUGCCGCAGACACCGGCGAUAAUACGCCCAGCACCGAGAUUACGGAUGAGACUACGUCGUCCCCGAACUCGCCGGAGCUGCAGGUCGAGAUGACGGGCGACAUGAUCACGGUGAUGCAAAUUACGGAACGUCCGACUUCGCUACACUCCGUCCAGUCGGAUGCGACGUCUGUCUCUUCGCAAUCUACCUCCGGGGCUGAUGAGCUUUCGGAUAAAGACGAGGGUAGCAGUUCCUGUGAUGAAUCUGUUGCGGACCCGAAAGAACUUGCCUCGAUCCCGGAAAAGCUCAGAAAUGAGUGCGCCACCAUCCUAUCCGCCACUCCCGAGCAGUUCGCCCUGGAGCACGAUAUGAUUCUGAAGGAUCAGAAGGAUCAACAAGACGACGGCGCGGUGGCCAUUGCCAGAGGCCGAGCCAUGUUCAACAGCCGCGCAAGUUCAGCGAGUCUAUUUUCAGUGAAUUUGGGAAAAAUGCGGACGAUGAGGCUGUUUUUCUCGAAUCCGGAAAAUACGUCGGGGCAGCUUGUCAUAGCCACCCACGACUCGCACUACAAAAUUCUCCACUUUCACCACGGUGGGCUCGACAAGCUGGCGCAACUCUUUGAGCAAUGGUCGGCGAUCAAGGCGAGAUCGGUGAAAGAGGGCAGCCCCUCCCCGGCCCCGGAUCGUCAUCUCUUGAUUUGCCAACCUGCCGUGAAGAAGAACGAGCUCGAUCCGGAGGAUGGGCUGUUUGAGAGGGUGCAUUGGGAUUACUGGAAGACGUUCAAAAAUGCCGAGGGCGCAAUUCAUGAUAGUCAGACCAUCCGGAAGGCCCUCUACUUUGCUUCAAUGGAGCCGAAUCUGCGAAAGGAAAUCUGGCCCUUCCUACUCCGGGUGUACCCAUGGGAAUCGACAGUGGAGCAGCGGGAAACCAUCAGAAAUGACUUGUUCCUGGAAUAUCAGAAUAUUAAGAGGAAGAGACUGAAGAAAGCGGCCAGCUCGAAGCACUGGGACGGGCUUGAGAAUACGGUAGUGAAGGAUGUCGUGAGGACGGAUCGGAAGAAUCCAUUCUUCGCGGGGGAUGAGAACCCGAACGUCGACAUCAUGAGAGAUAUCCUCCUCAACUACGCUGCCAUGUAUCCAGAUGAAUACCUUCGUGAGCUCAUCAAGCUCCUCGUCCCUGAGGUGUUCAGCUACCUCUGGCAGCUCGGUGGUGACUCGUUGCAGUUCAUGUUUGUGCACCGGUGGAUUCUGCUCUUUUUCAAGAGAGAAUUUGCCGAAUCUGAUGCGCUUCACAUCUGGGAGGCGUCCAACCACAUGGAUGCUCGAGUGGUGUUGAAGAAGGCCAGAGGUCUUUUACACCAUUUCGUGAAUCGGGAAAAGAUUCCGUGCUCUUUGGCAGGAGUCGUCGAGUCGAGCGGGAUGUCACAGUGGGAUUCGCACAAGAAGCUACAGGCCUAUGAAUGUGUCAAGAAGCACGGCGACGACGAGCCAUGCCCAUACGCC